CCACAAAGCACGAGAGCUCGCCACGCAGCCGCAUCGUCGGCUCCCCGCCGCCCCUCGCGCGUCUCCCAAGCCCACUCCGCCUCCUCUAACCAGCUACGCGCGUAGUCCUUACUGCCACCUCGUGUCCGUGCUCUUCUGGCGCUGGUAGACUGGUUCUAGCCUGAGAUCUGUGGCCAAGAACAAGUUCGAAUUGCCGUACCGAGAGUUCGGAUGCCCCCAGGGCUGCCACUUACUGCCAAACGGUGCGUCUUGGUGUACACCAUGCACGUCCUAUAUACUUCUCGCGGCUUCUGAGCAGCGUAAGCAGCCAACAUGGCUGUAUAACGCUCUAUUGAAGCCUAAAACAGGGUCUAGAUGCUCACAGUCUACCGGUGCUUCCCUUGCGCCCUACCAUUUCCCCUGCUGCAAUGUAGAACCGCUCGCCUAUGAAAAAGAGCCACCCCAUGUCGCCAUCUCCCUCGUCAACGCGUGGCCCACGCUCAGUAUCGCCGCCGAAAGGAUCUCCAGUGCACGGAGAGGGCAAGAUUUCACUGCGCGUAGAUCAGCCAGUGGAGGGCUGCACGAUGAUGACGCACGCCUUCUUCCGCUCCGGAGACGGCGACAUCGACGACAAGGAUGUGGACAUGCAAUUCCACUGGUACAGGUCCUCCAUGCGACGAGCAUGUGCCAAUAGUGAAUGUACGCGCCACACCAGCGACGGUGCUGGCAAUGUACUGCUUCUUGUGGCCAAGAUCGAGUGUGUGCAGUGCUGUCGACUGGGCAUUUCGAGGGAACACUCGUGUUUCUGCAGCCCAGACUGCUUCCGCUUGGCCUGGCACAAGCACAAACAGCUGCACGAUACACAGGCACUGGUCGAGGCGCAGCUACGACAAGGAAUCGACUUUCCGUGGAAGUCGCAAUUGCACAAUAUGGACACGUUCUGCCCGCUGCCGAAGGAAUCGUGGGUCAAGGUGCAGGAUGAAAAGUAGGGAACCGUGUCGUUGACCCCUUUGGUCGAGACUGAGUUUCUCACGCACAUGCCGCUCUUGUCUUACAGUCGGUCGUACUCGCCAACCGCCGCGGACGUUGGCCAUGUGAUUCGAGUAGAGUGUAAGGCCACCAAGCGUGUCGGCGGCGGCGUGCUGACCAAGACAGUCGACACUGGGCUCGUGUUGCCGUUUCCGCCCAUGCCACCAAGGCGGCAGAUGCUGGCGAACGUGAACGAAGAGCGGCUGACACCGCGACUACGGCAGAUUGGCGUCUUCCGCGUGCUCACGUACAAUAUCCUGGCCGAGAUCUACGCGACACGGCAGAUGUAUCCGUACUGCCCGAUUUGGGCUCUUAGCUGGUCGUUCCGGAGAGAAUUACUGAAGCGCGAGUUGCAGUCGUACAAUGCCGACAUCAUUUGUCUCCAAGAAGUGCAAGGCGACCACUACAAGAGCUUCUUUGCGCCGAUGAUGGAAGAAUGGGGAUAUGAAGGCUGGUAUCUGAAGAAAUCACGUGAGUCCAUGGGUCUUGAGGGCAAAGUGGAUGGCUGCGCUCUAUUUUACAAGCGCAAUCGCUUCAUUCUGAAGGAACGGUACCCAGUUGACUUUAAUGAGCUGGCGAACGACUUUCUCAAGCAGGUGCAGACGGAGUACGACCUAGACUACCAGGGUCCGUCGAUGGCUGCGCGUGAAAUGUUCCUGUCAACGCUUAACAAGAUGCGGCAACGCCUUCAGCGUGACAAUGUGGCGCAGAUCACAGUGUUAGAGGUGGUUCCAGCGAACAACGAAAUGGUUGCACGAAAGUCUCAAUCUGGACCGUUGAUCUGUGUCGCGAACGUGCAUAUUUUCUCCAAUCCCAAGUUCCCGGACGUUAAGAUGUGGCAGACAAAUAUGCUGGCGAAGCAGCUUGAACGGGUGACACUUAAUCGCAACUUGCCCACGAUAUUAUGUGGAGAUUUUAACAGCGAACCUUCUAGCGCUGUGUACGAGUUUAUGACUCGUAACCAUGUUCCGCUCGACCACCCCGACAUUCAGCAUCCACCACCUCAGCUCGCAAACAUCUACGCGUCGCUCAAUUUAGAGCACAACAUUGGCUUUGCCAGUGCUUAUGCUUCAGUGUUUGGAGCUGAACCAGAGUAUACCAACUACACAGGUGCGAUCAGUAGGAUUGGAUGUGAUUAUAGGAGGUCUCUAACUGAAGCGUUAUUGCUCGUUAUCAGGUCACUGGACAGGUGUGGUGGACUACGUAUGGUACACACCGGAGACGCUGACUCCGUUCGCCGGGCUGAAGGUACACCCACCUGAAGUGCUCGAGGCCUAUUCAAAGACGGCGCUGCCCAACUGCCAGUUCCUAUCGGACCAUAUUCCUCUGUGUCUAGACUUUAGCAUUAAGGCAGCCGCCAUCAACAAUGGAAGAUACUGAUAGAAGAA